GGCGCUAGCCUUAGGUAACCUUGAUUCCAGGGCGGCGGCGGUCAAAGCCCGCAGCGCACGCGGCCUCGGCGGACCCCCCCCACCGCAGCGCGGCCCAGUGCACGCCGGUCCCAUAGCCGCCGCUCCGCUUCCGCUCGGCAGCCUCUCGGCCAGCGGCCCGCCCAUGCUCUUGGCCACCAGGAGAGCUAGCCAGCUUUUCCAUAGCCUCUUUCCUGUCCCGAGAAUGGGCGACUCCGCCUCUAAAAUCGUCAGCCCCCAGGAGGCCCUGCCAGGCCGGAAGGAGCCGAUCCCCGUAGCGGCCAAACAUCAUGUCAAUGGCAAUAGAACAGUUGAACCUUUCCCAGAGGGAACACAGAUGGCUGUAUUUGGAAUGGGCUGUUUCUGGGGAGCCGAGAGGAAAUUCUGGACCAUAAAAGGAGUAUAUUCAACUCAAGUUGGUUAUGCUGGAGGCUACACUUCCAAUCCUACUUAUAAAGAAGUUUGUUCAGGAAAAACUGGCCAUGCAGAAGUAGUCCGAGUGGUGUACCAGCCAGAACGCAUCAGCUUUGAGGAACUGCUCAAGGUCUUCUGGGAGAAUCAUGACCCGACCCAAGGCAUGCGCCAAGGCAAUGACCAUGGUUCUCAAUACCGCUCAGCCAUCUAUCCAACCUCUACCAAGCACCUGGAGGUGGCCCUGAAGUCCAAAGAAGACUACCAGAAGGUUCUUUCGGAGCACGGCUAUGGGCCUAUCACGACCGACAUCCGGGAGCAGCAGACUUUCUACUACGCAGAGGAUUACCACCAGCAGUACCUGAGCAAGAACCCCGAUGGGUACUGUGGCCUGGGGGGCACCGGCGUGUCCUGCCCACUGGGUAUUAAAAAGUAAUUUCUCCCUAUGUGGUCAGCGCUUGAGGUCACAGCAAAAAUGCUUUCAACAAAUUGGGCAAUUCAUUUGUGGUUCAGGUCAGCGGCUUUUUGAAGUGCACAGAGCACGAAGGCAUAAAAAUCUGGUGUAAUGAGGUGUAAUUUACAUGAAGUGCAAUGACUGGCAAGUUGACAACAUGCAGUUUAUCUUCUAAUAAAUUAUGGUGGGAGUAGGACUGUGACCUGUUGGAGUCUGAAUGAGGAUAAUGAGGAUGCGGUGUUCCCUCUUCUUGCACCGGGAUACCCGCCUCGGAAGCUGGGAAAGAAGCCAGGAGAUUGUCGGACACCCUUUAUCUGUGCCCUGUCCCACCUCACCUGCCCUCCGCCCUCUAGUGCCUUAAAAUCUGUAAACAUUUACAGCUUCAAUGAAUCAUUCUCUGCAAUACUUUGCUCUAUUGAUCCUGUAUGUGUAAGGGGCUUUCUCUCCUUUUCAGCCCUCCUGUGGCAGAGAAAAGAUGUGAGUUAGCUUGAGAAAUUCAAAUGCUUUGCUUACAGCUAUGAGAAAUUCUUGUUAUAAUAAAAGUCUGCAAUCUAAUACAAACUGC